CAGUGAAUAUGGAUGCGGUUUGGCUUCAUUCAGACCACACUGGAUACAAAGAUUUGCAAGCCCCAAGUGGUUCAUGACUGUGUAUGGAGUCCUGGGAGCGGUCCAAGCAAUGGCCUAUGUCUACUUCAUAUCAACAUUAACUACAAUCGAAAAAAGAUUUGGGAUUCAAAGCAAAACAACAGGUUUCAUGCUAAGUGGAAAUGAAAUCAGCCAAAUCCUUUUUUCAUUAGUGCUAACUUAUUAUGGUGGUCAACGAAACCGUCCUGUAUGGAUCGCUUGGGGUGUGACAUUUUCAGCAGUCUCCUGUUUUGUUCUUGCUUUACCUCAUUUCCUUUAUGGGGCAGGAACCUCUGCCUUAGCUCUGACAGAGGAAUACAAGGAUAUAUUUGGGCUAAAUGAGACACAAAUAGAAAUAAAGGAAAAAAGUGAACUGUGUUCCAAAGAGAUAUCUCCCAGAGAUUGUACCCCGAAGGACUAUAGCGUUGUCCCGCCUCUGCUGGUAUUUAUGUCCCAGUUUAUACUUGGAAUAGGAACCACACUUUAUUUUUCACUUGGGCAAACAUACAUAGAUGACAACUCGAAGAAAACAAACACACCUAUGAUAUUAGGCACAACAAUGGCGCUGAGAACAAUUGGGCCAUCAAUCGGAUUUGUCAUCGGAUACCUUUGCCUGAGUAUCUAUAUAGAUCCAAGACUGACUCCUAUUAUUGGAAGAAAAGAUCCAAGAUGGCUAGGAGCAUGGUGGUUAGGGUGGAUCGUGUUGGGCAGCAUGAUGUUUAUUCUUGCAGUAUUAUUAGGAAUGUUUCCAAAAAAAUUAAGACCUAACUUGAAUAAGAUAGACAAUGUGUGCCCAAUGACAGAUCAAUCAUCACAACAUCGAACAAGUGAUGUAAAUUCAAACGGUACAGGAUUAUUGAUAAAAGAUGAUAAAAUGCCAAAGUUAAAAGAUUUUCCAACAGCACUUAUGAGGCUUUUGAAAAACAAGCUACUUGUGAUCAACAUAUUCUCAGGAGUUUUUUAUAUCCUUGGUGCUUCAGGAUACAUAACAUAUAUGACAAAAUAUAUGGAGAUACAAUUUCAAAGAACGUCUGCCUCUGCAAAUAUAGUAUUAGGUCCUGUUAUUCUGCUAUCAAUGGUUUUUGGAUUCCUUAUUUCUGGUUACGUGAUCUCAAGAUACAAGCCACGGCCAACUUAUCUCUUAGGAUGGAACGUUGUAGUUGGUAUUUGCUUUGUUAUAGGAGAAUUCGCUUACAUUUUCAUAAGUUGUGAAGCCCCAAAUUUAGUUGGCUAUGAUAUGGUAACAAAAAACUUGCAAACGAUUAAUGACUGCAAUGCCAACUGUGGCUGUGACAACCUUAAAUAUUCUCCAGUCUGUCUAGAAGCAGCAAGACUGACAUUCUAUUCACCGUGCCAUGCAGGCUGUCGUACAGUACACGUUGAGGAUAAAGUUUCUACAUACGGAAAUUGCAGCUGUACCACAUUUAACAAUCCAGUGACAAUUCCAGCAUUACAUAAUGAGAGCAAAUAUGAAUAUGAAACUAGCGGAGGAAGUGUGAUGAAAGGAGGGACUUGUAAAACAUACUGUGGAUAUAAUUAUAUUAUUUUUGUAAUUAUAUCUUGCAUAAUGCAGUGGCUUGGGAGCAGUGGAAAAAUAGGAAAUAUUCUAGUCAAUUACAGAGCUGUUGCUCCUGAAGACAAAUCUUUUGCCCAAGGUCUAGCUCUUCUACUCAUCAGUCUUAUGGCAUUUAUUCCCGGACCAAUACUAUUUGGAUAUAUUAUAGAUUCAUCAUGCCUUAUCUGGGAAGAAAACUGUGGUGUGAAGGGUAGCUGUACGUUUUACGACAGAGACUCUUUUCGGCACUAUAUGAAUGGGACAGCAGCUAGUUUAACAUUGAUUGGUGUUGUUUUGGAUGUGAUUGUAUGUUAUCUUGGAAGAGACCUGUCCCUCUAUGAUGAAGAAAAUGAAUUUGAAGAACGAAAUAAUAUUUGUACAAAAAUAAAAAGAGUAAAUGCUGAUGAAAAAAUAAGAUAGAUAUUAUCGUUGAGGUGAAACAAAUCACACAUGUACCUGUUAAAAAAAAUGUAAAUAAUUUUAAUUAUCCUAAGCGUUAAGAGAUAAGGAAAAUAAUGAUAAGACUGAAUUAUGUAUAUCAUAAUUAUCUUAGGAAACUAAAAAUUUAGAUAGUCAAUACAACAAAGUGAGAUCGCUAUGGAUGUUAAAAGAAAACUAUUAGACAAUAUUUAAAUUCAACUCAGAUUUAUAAUAAUUGGACAAUAAAUUAUUUAUAGAAUUAAAACUGGAAUUACAAAUAUAUAUUUUAUGAA